AGAGUGGAGGGCCUGCCUGGGAAGGGUAUUUAGUUCCUUCUCCAGCAUGUAGAGUCAGCAAGACCUGGGGCGCCACCAGCCCCCACCCCCAGGAAAUAGGCUGGCAGCUUGUCCCUGCUGCCCAUGGAGCCAGGUCUCCUCUCCUAUAAGGGCCAAGCAUGCUCUUGCAAUGGUAAGCUGCCCUUCUGGUUCUAUACAUGCUUGCUGGGAAGUUCUUCUUAUAGCGUCACCUUAACUCUUCUGGCUGCCUUUUUUACCACCCCUGGCCUGAAGGGCCGGCCAGAGACAGGUUGUAUUUUAGAUUUGUUUUUCCUAAUAUCUCCUGAGCACUUACCUGUACACCAAACACUGUUUAAGAACAUGACAUGUGUAAACUCACUUAAUUCUUAUAGCAAUGGUAUGAUGUUGCUACUAUUAUCCCUAACUGAGGUACAGAGAGGCUAAGCAGUUUGCCUAAGAUCACACAGCUAGUGCCUGGAUAGGGAGUUAGAGAGCCCUUAAGAUUUUAAUUCGCCAGGGCCCCCUGGCUCCAGUGUCAGUGCGCUUCACCCUAUCCACAGCUGCCUCUGUGUUGGCAUUAGGGUUCCUGAACAGUCUGGGCUGGCCUGAGGUAGAAGUCAGGAAGAGAAAACUGAUGCAUCCUGAAUGUUUUCCCCUCCUGACUGAAUCUCCCAACACUGGCAAGAAAGGUGGGCACCACUGUAACCCUGAAUGCCAGAAAGGCAGCAGGCCCAGAGAGGUGUUGAGACGGGCCAGUCUCAUUGCUAGAAGUAGCUGAGAGCCCUGGCUUCUUGACAGCCAGCCCCGGACACCUCUUUCUAAAGCAAGAUGGGAAAAGGUAUACGGAAUCCACUUGGACCUGAGCCUGGGAGAAAGCUGGGGAAGCUGAAAUGUAAAGUGAGAACUGGGAGGGCCUGCCCAUUGUACCCUUCAUAGUCACAGGAGAAUAGCUUCCAUGCUGGGAGCAGGUUUACUCUAUGCUAGGCUCUGGUGUAUUUUUACAUUAAAAAAGUCUGAGUUUUUCAGACAAGGUACAGAUAGGCUAACUGUCCAAAGUUACUCAAGUGAGUGGGGGAACUGGCAUUUGAACCCAGGUAGUCUGGCCCUGGCUAAGGCCCAGCAAAUGUUGGUGAAUAAAUAGCCCAGGGUCACACAGCUACAGCCCAAGAACUAGGAGCCACUGGCUCCCUUGCCAGCCCAGGAAAAGCAGUGACGCCUGACUCCUAGCCAACUGGGGGCGGAGCAGAGGUGGAGCUAUGGAGACCCAGGUGGCCUGAGAACCACAGCACGGGCAGCAGAGUGGCCUGGAGCAGCAAUGAAGCAGAGCUGGAGACCAGGGCUGCUUAUCCUGGGAGCCGUGGUCUUCAUAGAGGGUCUUCAAGCAGCUCAACAUGCCUGUGGGCAGCGUGGCCCUGGCCCCCCUGAACCUCAGGAGGGCAACACAGGGCCUGGCGAGUGGCCGUGGCAGGCCAGUGUGAGGAGGGAGGGCGUCCACAUCUGCAGUGGAUCCUUGGUGGCAGACAGCUGGGUCCUCACCGCUGCCCACUGCUUUGAAAAGGCCGCAGUGACAGAACUGAACUCCUGGUCAGUUGUCCUGGGCUCUCUGCAGCGUGAGGGGGUGAGCCCAGGCUCUGAGGAGGUGAGGGUGACUGCUCUGCAGCUUCCCAGAGCCUAUAACCAUUACAGCCAGGGCUCAGACCUGGCCCUGCUACAGCUCGCCCACCCCACGGCCCACACACCCCUCUGCUUGCCCCGACCUGCCCAUCGCUUUCACUUUGGGACCUCUUGCUGGGCCACUGGCUGGGAUCAGGACACCAAUGAUGGUGAGUGCUGUCCCAGACUAAAGCCCAAAGAGGCACUCCACUUGACCACUGUCACACAGACUCAGCUGCCAACUGUCCCUUCUUCUAGUCUCCCUUGCUCCCCAGAGCCCAGACUCUGGCCCCAAUUUCCUGUCUUUUUGCCAGCUCCCAGGACCCUACGGAAUCUGCGCCUGCGUCUAAUCAGCCGCUCUACGUGUAACUGUCUCUACAACAGGCUGCACCAGCGGCUUCUGGCCAGCCCAGCCCGGCCUGGGAUGCUGUGUGGGGGUGCCCAGCCUGGGGUGCAGGGGCCCUGUCAGGGAGAUUCUGGGGGUCCCGUGCUGUGCCAUGAACCUGAUGGACACUGGGUUCAGGCUGGGAUCAUCAGCUUCACAUCAAGCUGUGCCCAGGAAGACACUCCUGUGCUGCUGACCAACAUGGCUGCUCACAGCUCCUGGCUGCAGGGUCGAGCUUGGGGGGCAGCCUUUCUGACCCAGAACCCAGAGACCCUGGAGAUCAGUGAUGAGGACAGCUGCAUAGCCUGCGGAACCUUGGGAAGAGAAGGGACCCAAGCAGAAUCCCCCUCCCCGUGGCCCUGGGACGCCAGGCUGAAGCACCAGGGGAAGCUGGCCUGUGGCGGAGCCCUGGUAUCAGAGGCAGUGGUGCUGACUGCUGCCCACUGCUUCAUUGGGCGUCAGAGCCCAGAGGAAUGGAGCGUAAGGCUGGGGGCUGGACCCGAGGAACACAGCCUCAAGCAACUCAUCUUGCAUGGGGCUUACACCCACCCAGAAGGGGGCUACGACGUGGCCCUCCUGCUCCUGGCCCAGCCUGUGACAUUAGGCCCCAACCUGCGGCCCCUCUGCCUGCCCUAUGCUAACCACCACCUGCCUGAUGGGGAACGUGGCUGGGUCUUGGGGCUGGCCCACCAAGGAACAGGCACCAGCUCCCCUCAGACAGUGCCUGUCACUUUCCUGGGUCCCAGAGCCUGCAGCCGGCUGCAAACUACCCUUGGGAGCAAUAGUAUUCCCAUUCUGCCAGGGAUGGUGUGUACCAGUGUUGUGGGUGAGCCACCCCGCUGUGAGGGCCUGUCUGGGGCACCACUGGUGCAUGAGGUGAGGGGCACAUGGUUCCUGGCUGGGCUGCACAGCUUUGGAGAUGCCUGCCAAGGCCCCGCAUGGCCUGCGGUCUUCACAGCGCUCCCCACCUAUGAGAAUUGGAUCAGCAGUUUGGACUGGCAGGUGUACUUCACUGAGGAGCCAGAGCCCGAGGCUGAGACUGGAAGCUGCCUGGCCAAUAUAAGCCAACCAGCUGGCUGUUGUCAGGUGGCUCUGGGAUGCUGCAAACACAUCACUGCCUCGGCCCCUCUCCGUUCCUCACCCACACAGUUCCAGACACUGUGGUGGGCCCAAACAGCCCAGUGGGUUUUGGGAAGGAGCCUGCCUGGAUCAUCAGCCGCCGUUUCCUAA